AUGCGUUCGUUAUUGAUACUGGUCUAUUUGCUUUCAACGGUGCUAGCCGUCCCUCCGUUGGUCCGUCUCAACUAUGCUUCUUACCGUGGCACCGCUCUCUCGAAUGGGGUUACCCAAUGGCUAGGAAUGCGAUAUGCUUCAGCACCGGUUGGUGAGCUGAGGUUUGCCUCACCUCAAGAUCCUCCGGUCCUUCAUGGUAUUCAGGCUGCUGAGAAGCAUGGACUCGUCUGUCUGGGAACCGCAGAGGAUCCACACAAUCCCGCGAGCUCCGAAGACUGUCUCUUCAUCGACGUCUACGCUCCAACGCGCGCCACAAGCAGAUCGAAGCUACCGGUUUACUUCUUCAUCCAAGGUGGUGGAUUUAACUACAACGCGAACGCAAAUUACAAUGGCAGCGGCCUGAUCACUGUUUCCGCUCACGAAAUGCUUGUGGUGACAUUCAACUACCGUGUCGGUCCUUAUGGGUUCAUAGCUAGUCGCGAAAUCCGUGAUUCUGCAACGGCGAGUGUCAACAAUGGUCUCAAGGAUCAACGCAAAGCUUUAGAAUGGGUCCAGAAAUAUAUUACCGAGUUCGGCGGUGAUCCAGACCACGUCGUACUUGGUGGCGAUUCUGCAGGUGCGGCAUCGAUCGCUCUUCAUUUGACCGCGUAUGGCGGCCGAAAUGAUGGGUUGUUUGUUGCGGCUGCCGCAGAAUCAGUCAGCUUUGCGACAAUCCUGACGAUCGAGGAGUGUCAAUAUCAAUACGAUAUUUUUACCAUGCGCUUAGGGUGCGCCAAUCGUACCGGCCCAACAAUACAUGCCGAUGAGGGCAACCUCCAUGAGACCACAUUAAGCUGUCUUCGCUCCAAGAGUGCCUCUGAACUGCAAACCCAAAACUUCAACACGCCCUAUCCUGGUACUCAAAACCCGCCCUUGUAUAUGUGGAAUCCGGUGCUCGACCAUGACCUGAUUCAAAACUACACCUACUUAGCUUUUGAUUCAGGCUCUUUCAUUCGAGUCCCUGUAAUAUUUGGCGACGACACAAAUGGUGGCACUGUCUUCACACCCCGCUCGACCUCAAAUUUGGCACAGUCCAAUACGUUCCUCCACGACCAGUUUCCCUUUCUCACCUUCGAACAUUUGGAGCGCAUAAACACCCUCUUUCCCAACCAUGGUCCUACAUUUCCCCACUCGGGUCCCUGGUGGCGUCAGGUGUCGAACGCGUAUGGGGACAUACGAUAUAUGUGUCCGAAUCUGUUCAUCUCCAGCGCCUUUGCUCGUCAUGGUGCACCUGGGAAUUGGAACUACCGAUACAACGUGCGUGAUCCAGCGCAAAUCGCUGCUGGCUUGGGAGUCCCUCACACUGUCGAACUCGGCGCCAUCUGGGGCCCUGCAAAUGUUCGCGGCGGCGUCCCGGCGAGUUAUCGUACCGGCAAAUCGAAUGCCUGGAUCGUCCCUCUCAUGCAAGCGUAUUGGGUGAGUUUUGUUCGGUCACUGGAUCCCAACGUCCAUCGGUCGGCCGGUGCUCCUGUUUGGGACCAGUUUACUGCCAAUCAUGGCGAUGGGGACGGUAGUGAUUGGAGCUUGGACUCGGAAGCGGCGGUCUGGCGGAGGAUGCUCUUCGAUACUUUGCGCACGACGGCCAUGGAAAACGUCACCACGACUGUACAGGCGCGCUGCAAAUACCUCAGCGGGAUUGGCGCUGCGAUUCGUCAAUGA